AUGGCUGAUAACGGAGUUCAACAGCUCAAUCAAGCCGAGCUACUAGCCCAGAUGGCCGAACUCCAAGCAGAGGUUCGAAAACUUACCGAGCUUUCCACUCAGAAUAGUUCCGGAAAACAUGAAGGGAAUAGCUCUAAAAGCUCAACCCAGGGAAACUCGGACCCUUUAAUCGUCACUCCGCCAAAAGAAAAGUUGACGCUAGACAACCCCUUUUCCGAGGAGAUCACAAAUUUCAAGAUGCCGAAAAACUUCGUUUUACCUAACUCCCUAGAGCCUUACAAGGGGAUUGGUGACCCCCGAGCUCAUGUUAAAAAGUUUCAAUCUAUGAUGUUCUUUAAUGGCACUAAUAAUGAACCUAUACUAUGUCGUUCUUUUCCCACUUACCUUGAUGGUGCUGCUUUACUGUGGUUUUCUAAAUUAUCUGCAGGGUCAAUCUCGUCCUUCGAGGAUCUGGCAAGGUCCUUCAUCGACUACUUUGCCGCCUCGAGGAUAUAUGUUCAUGGAUCAGACUAUCUGGGGACAAUAAAACAAGGACAACACGAAAGCCUCAAAGACUACCUAACCCGAUUUGCUGAAGCAACCAUGAAGAUUCCGGACUUAGAUCCUAACGUUCACUUACAUGCACUUAAAACCGGACUCAGACCAGGGAAGUUCAGGGAAACAAUAGCGAUCACUAAACCCAAAACAUUGGAGGAAUUCCGAGAAAGAGCCGCAGGUCAAAUGGAAAUCGAGGAGCUACGCGAAGCACAAAAGCCAGACAGACCGCCGACCAGAAAGGAAGAAGAAAGGACAUUCAAGCCGAUGAGCAGGAAGGACCAAAAGAAACCCUUCAAACUCACCCCAAAGUUCGACACUUACACCAAAUUCAACACAAAAAGGGAGAACAUAAUCAAGGAAAUCCUCCACGCCAAAAUAGUUAAACCUCCGGCCAGAGCGGGAAGCUAUCAAGACCAAUGA